GGUGGUGGUGCACGGUCGGAAGGAGGAGGGGGGGGACUCUAUUUUGCUAUUAAUCGGAUCGUCGAGAUUUUGUGACCGCAGACUGCACCUGAUAAGCUGUCGGUGGAGCUGCUUCGGAUGAAAGUUGGAUGUAGUCGGCGGCUGCGGUUGAAGCGCUGCUCGGGGUUUGGACGAUACGCAGCUCUCGGGCUUCACACACCAAACGCUGGAGUUUUUCGGCACCGUCUCUGCGGCUGCUAACUUAUUCACAAGUUAGCUGUGGACAAUUUAACAACACCGCCACACGUCUUCUUCUUUUUUCCGUGUGUUCUUAGUUUAAGUUCUAAACAGUUCCGCUGCUGAUAUUUUAGGAGCUGUCCGGGCGCAGUGUCCUUUAACAUUUUUUUUGCUGUUGCAUGUUUUCAAACGUGUCGUCAGAAAGUUUUUUUUUUUAGCCUUUUAUGGACACACUCUCGCAACUUAAAUGUAAGUUUAAAGCGACGUUAGCUUCUGCCGUGUUACGGCGGUUAAUCUGUGAAUUACCUUUGAUUUGUAGCCCGCGUCGGACACCGGAGGAGAAAGUUGGAGUGGGGACUUGUGUCAGAAAUGAACGUCGGUGGGACGGAAAACGUUUCACUCCCACAAAGUUGUUUCAGCUAAACCUUCGUGUCACAAGAAGACAAUUAAUGUGCCACGAAAAGCCCCUCGUCUCUCCGAAGCUACGUUAAUAUUACACUUCGCGGGGGCACCAGGAGAAAAGCUCAACGGCCGCGCUAUUAAAACUGGAUACAAAAUGGCGGCGUUCCUGGGACGAUUUGGAUAUAUGUCUCGUUGUAUUUUUUAUUUAAUUUUGUCGGUCGAACUGACUAUCAGUUAUGGAUUGGCUUCAGAUCUGCCCUGUGCCCAGAACUGUACCUGCAGUGGAGAUUCAGUGGACUGUAGCGACCUGGAGCUGACGGCUACGCCUCUGGACCUUCCAGUCCGGACUGUUUCCUUAAAUCUUGGCCACAACAAGCUGACUGCCAUCAAUGUUGAAGCCUUUGCCAACCUUCCCAACUUGAGAGAGCUGCGGCUGGACCACAAUGAGCUGACCUCCAUACCAGAUUUAGGACAGGCUGCUUCCAAGAUUGUAUCCCUCUACCUACAUCAUAAUAAGAUCCGCAGUGUUGAUGGCAGGCGGACCAGAGAGCUGGUUUCUGUGGAAACUCUGGACCUGAGCAACAAUGACAUCACUGAGCUACGAGGGCAGUGCUUCCCCGCAGGCCUCCAAAUCCGAGACCUGUACCUGAGUAACAACAAGAUAAGCACGUUGGAGGUCGGAGUGCUGGACCAUCUGGGCUCAACGCUGCAGGUCCUGAGACUGAGCCGAAACCGCAUCAGCCAGAUCCCAGUUAAAGCCUUCCAGCUCCCGAGGCUCACCCAGCUUGAGCUGAACAGGAACCGUAUUCGUCAGGUAGAGGGUCUUACCUUCCAGGGUUUGUCCAGCCUGGAGGUGCUCAAGCUGCAAAGAAACAGCAUCAGUAAACUAACUGAUGGAGCCUUCUGGGACCUGGCCAAGAUGAAAGUCCUCCACCUGGAUUACAACAGCUUGACAGAGGUGAACAGUGGCUCCCUGUAUGGCCUGACCUCCCUUCAGCAACUAUUCCUCAGUAACAACUACAUAGCCCGCAUCAAUCCUGAUGGAUGGAAGUUCUGCCAGAAGCUCAGGGAACUGAAUCUGUCGUACAACAACUUGACUCGUCUGGAUGAGGGGAGUCUGGCUGUGCUGGGGGACCUCCACACCCUCCGCCUGGGCCACAACUCCAUCAGCCACAUCAACGAGGGAGCCUUCAGAGGCCUCAAGGCCGUACGCGUCCUGGAGCUGGACCAUAACGACAUCUCGGGGACAAUAGAGGACACCAAUGGGGCCUUCUCUGGAUUGGACAGCCUCAACAAGCUGACUCUGUUUGGAAACAAGAUCAAAUCGGUGGCCAAGAAAGCCUUCUCUGGCCUGGAGACCCUGGAACACCUGAACUUGGGGGAUAAUGCUAUUCGCUCCAUCCAGCCUGAUGCUUUCAGUCGGAUGAGGAACUUCAAAAGCCUUCUCAUCCAGAGCAACAGUUUCCUUUGCGACUGCCAGCUCCAGUGGCUGCCUGAGUGGUUGGUGACACGUGGUUUGCAGGCCGGCGUUAAUGCCACCUGUGCCCACCCGGAGAACCUGAAGGGCACCAGCAUCUUUGAGGCUCCGUCCAACAGCUUUGUCUGCGAUGACCUGCCCAAACCUCAGAUCACCGUGCAGCCUGAAACCACAGUGACAGUCCUCGGAAGUGACGUUCGUCUCACCUGCACGGCAGCAAGCAGCAGCUCUUCCCCCAUGACCUUUGCCUGGCGUAAGGACCAGGAGCUGCUUCGUCACGCAGAGAUGGAGAACUAUGCCCACGUGCGCGCUCACCACCAAGGCGCAACAUCUGAUGUGCCGGGCGCAGGAGGAGGCGUGAUGGAGUACACCACAAUCCUGCACCUGCGGCACGUCACUUUUGCCCACGAAGGGCGUUACCAGUGCAUCAUCACCAACCACUUUGGUUCCACCUACUCCAGCAAGGCCCGCAUCAUUGUCAAUGUCCUCCCAUCCUUCGUGAAGACUCCCAGGGACAGCACCAUUCGAACCGGCCACACCGCCAGGCUGGAGUGCGCCGCAGAAGGUCACCCGGCACCUCAGAUCGCCUGGCAGAAGGACGGCGGUACAGAUUUCCCUGCCGCCCGUGAGCGCCGAAUGCACGUCAUGCCCGACGACGACGUGUUCUUCAUCAUGGACGUCAAGCCGGAGGACAUGGGCGUGUACAGCUGCACUGCCAAAAACACAGCAGGCACCGUCUCCGCCAACGCUACCCUCACCGUACUGGAAACCCCCCACCUGGCCCAGGACCUGGAGGACCGCAGCGUGGUGGUCGGGGACACAGUGGCCCUGCAGUGUAAAGCCCUGGGCAGCCCGCCUCCUCGCAUCACCUGGCUGCGCAACGACCAGCCGCUGCGCCCCUCCGACAGACACCACUUCACACCGGGAAACCAGCUGCUGGUCAUCGGAGCCGCAUCGCUGGAGGACGCCGGCCGCUACACCUGCCUCAUGUCCAACACCCUGGGCACAGAGCGCGCCCACAGCCAGCUGGUGGUCACUCAGCGCAGGAACCCCUGCACGCCACCGUCGGGCCCGAGCACGGUCACCAUAGGCAUCAUUGUCAUCGCUGUGGUCACGAGUAUUGUGGUGACAUCGCUGGUGUGGGUGUGCAUCAUCUACCAGACCAGGAAAAAGAGCGAGGAGUGUAGUGUGACCAACACAGAUGAGACGAUUGUUCCUCCGGACGUACCCAGCUACCUCUCCUCCCAGGGCACUCUGUCAGAGCGGCAGGACGUGUGCAUCCGCGUGGAGGCCGGCGGUGGACCUCAGCCCAACGGACACGUCGGAGACACCACAGGUUUCGAUGGUGCAGUCGUGUGCACAGAUUGUAUGGAGAACGGCAACAGCUACUCCAAAGAUCCAGACUACCUGACCCACGGGUUUGGUCCCGCUGGAGGCAUGGAGUACCAGCAGCAUUUUGUUCCCCCGCCCUACUCGCACUGUCACCCGGGGGAGCAGCAUGACGCAGGAUCACACAUCACCCCGCUUUGCAACGGGACCCCCAACGGGAUCCGAAAGGACAUUCAAGGAACCACGUUUCCGAAAAAUCACAACACGAUACAGCUGAACCAACAUGAUAGAAAAGCGAGCAGAGCGGGACAGACGUCGGCGAGCUCUCCAUCACAAGAAGACUCCUUCCACAAGCCGGUGAAGCUGGCCGGCGUAACGAGCCACGGACGCCUCGACACUGACUGUGAGCCUGAGCUCAGGCAGACUCUGCUGUCCAAUGGACACACCCUCAGAGCCUCUCAGAAUGAGAGCGCCCCUCUAAGGAGAGCCAGCGACUAGCAGACACUCAAUCCAGCCCAAAAUGUGGACUUUUACUUUUGUUUGCACUGGGAAAUAAACUGCUACCUCAUAUAGAGGCGAACGGUACUGAGCCUCCUGGAUUUGGACUGACAGGGAACACCAGGAGGAGGGAAAAGGUAGGGGGCAUCCGGCGUUUGAAGGUGGAGCUUGUGUGGGUGGCAUCCCAUCUGAGCGUAUCAGCUGUACAUAGUUUAAAAUCUUCCUCUGGGAGGUGACCAAUAAAAAGUUCUAGCUCCAAAAAAUGUGACUUGCAUUUGAAGCAUGUAAAUGUAGGGAAUCUUGUACAGUGUAUGUAUGUGCAGGGGGAAAAAGAGAAAUAUACCAGGACAUUUGUCUGUAAAUAAGAGUUUUCCUAUAUUAUAUAUUAUAUAACUUUUACAAAAGAGUGUUUGAAUAUAUGUGCAUGACAAAGAAAGGAGUGAUGGUAUUUUUAUUUUUCUUAAAAAAAACAGCCUUUUUCAGCUUUUACCAACAUCCAGCUGCGGUGCCUUAUUGCAUGAUCAAAGAAAACUCAACUUUUAAUAGCAUAUAUCAACAGAUGUUUUUGUGAGCGAUACUGGUACACUUUUUAUAGCAAACAAAACAAAACACUUGAUUGCACUUAAAUGUUUUUUUUUGUUUUUCCGAGAGAAACCGCUGCCAGCUAUGGCCUUACAGAAACACAAGUCACAUGCAUUGUAUGAAGGAAGAGCUUUGAUGUAAAUUAUUUUGGUACGUCAGGUGGGACAUUGGUCGACAGUCAGUUAAAGCACUUUUUCCACGCGCUUCAUAAACAGGCCGAUUGUGUACACGAUCUGCUAAUAGGAAUGCAGGAACCUCCUCGGUGUGAGGAGACAUUCCACAUAUUUUGACACAGUAAAGUCAACAGUACAUACUGUACCAUUAAGGCUCUUCCACCAGUUUCACAAUACUACACGUUACUGCAAAUCUGCUCUGAUCUAGCUAGGAUAAAUGCUUCUCUUAUUUAAGUUGGGCUCUUUAUUUGUCCCAGAAAGCGACUUUGGCACAAGUCGGCAACCAAAUGUGGUCAGACCGCUGCUAACAGCUGUUAUUUGGAAGCUGUGGAAGCCAGUAAUAAACUCUCAGUGUGACACCUGCCACAUUCAUAAUCAAAGCUACAGUUGUGCGCUCCAGAGCGUUGACAUUUAAUUGACUGAAUGCUUAAUCAUGCAAUUCCUACGCUGUAGGAAAGACGGAGAAUGACGUUUGUCAUCGUGUUACUGCUGUAAUUCACAUCCACAGUUAGUCGUGCGUUCGGGAGCAAAUGGCCAGUAUUCCACCUGAGUUACACCGUCACUGCGGUUCAGUUUCAUGUUUGAGGUAACUAAAGGUGCAGCUUCACACGGUGAACACUUGGGAAGCUUGUGAAAUGUGCUCUAAACCAAACGUGGAGGAUUAAUGCAGUCGCACACUUUUCCCACGCUGUCGCAAUCCCUGAAUACACUGGGUCAGAAAUCAGUCAAAGAAGUUACAUUGUCUCGUGUAUGAAUGUUGUCCCCCCCUCCCAGUCUGAACUGUGCUCUGUAACCAGUGGCCUUAUCAAGGUAAGCUGGAGGACACGCUCCUCUGGUUACACCUGAUAGCACCUAUCAGAGAUGUUUAUACCAGCAAGACCAAUCAGAGAUCCUGUUGGAAACCUCCCCCCCACCCCCAGUGUAGAAGAGACAACAGGGAGUGAGGCGAGUAAUUUAUUGAAAACAAACUGCCUGAAACCGUUGUACCAAUGUCAAAGCUAAAACAGUGAAGUGUCUAACAUGGCAUUGAAGUGUCUAAUAAAAAUCACAUUUUGCUAUUAUUA